UCGUAAAAAUACACAUAAAAUAACCAGCAGUCGCAAUAUAUGGCGGUUAUUGAUUUGAAAUAUCCCUGAUAUUUUUUCAAAUAAAAGAUCAAUAGUUAACACCAUGCCUGAAGUGAAGCUGGAGGAGGUCCGUCGGUUUAUGGAGGACGCCCUCAAGUCUGUGGGCGCUCCCGAGUCGGAGGCGAGGGCCCACGCGGACCUGCUGAUGCACGCCGACACGGUGGGACAUUACAGCCAUGGACUGAACCGACUUGAAUUCUACGUAAACGACUGCCAAUCAGGUUCAUGCAUACCGGCUGCUCAACCAGUCAUCCUUAAGGAGUCUGGUGCCACCGCUUGGGUGGACGGUAACAACGCCCUCGGGGCUACUGUCGGCAACUUCUGCAUGAACAUCGCCAUCAAGAAGGCUAAGGAAUGCGGCGUUGGAUGGGUGUCUGCCAAGCGGAGCAAUCACUUUGGAAUGGCUGGGUACUGGGCGUUACAAGCCGAGCGUCAAGGUCUCAUUGGUUUGGCUUUGACCAACUCUUCGCCCAUUUUGGUCCCCACAAGAUCUAAACAGAGGUCUCUAGGUACAAAUCCUAUUGCUAUGGCGGCGCCUGCAUCAGAAGGUGAUAAACUGGUAGUGGAUAUGGCUUCCACCACUGUUGCUCUGGGAAAAAUUGAAAUACAGAUCCACAAAGAAGAGCCAAUACCUGAGGGAUGGGCUUUGGGACCCGAUGGGAAACCUACUACUGACGCUAAUGAAGCGUUUCAAGCUGGUAUGCUCAUGCCACUGGGUGGUGAGGAGAAGACAAGUGGGUACAAGGGUUAUGCCCUCGGCGCAAUGGUUGAGGCUUUCUGUAGCGGAUUAUCUGGAUCCAAGUCAUCACAUAACAUACGUAACUGGGAGUUGUCCAGUGCUCAAGGUCCACCAGAUCUCGGGCAGUGCUUCGCCGCUACAGACCCGAGCUUUGCCGAGAGGAUCGCUGAUUGUCUGAACACCUGGAGGAACUUAGAACCGGUUGAGCCCUCUCUACCCGUAUUAGCACCGGGAGAUAAAGAGCAGAUGACAAGGGAGAAGAUCAAAGCUAAAGGAACGGUCUUCUAUCCGCAGAAGCAAGUAGACACCAUGGAAACAAUGACCAAGAGGAUCGGUAUUAAACCUCUUCAAACUGCUUAAAACUAGAUGAGUUACGAUAGCAGAAAAUGCGGCGUAGGUUACGACUAUGAAUAGAGUCAUGCUUUCUUUAGAAUUUAGCGAUGAUAAGAAUACAAAUCUGGACAAACAUAGAUGUUUGUAAAUUCGCUGUUAAACUAAGGUGAGCAUGAAUAUGUUCAUAGAAGUACAUUUGAAUUUUGCAGCAGAGUUAAUCAUGUGGUCCUCUUUUUGUACCUACUAUGAUUGAUGUAAAACCGGGUGUACAAACAAUGUCUAGCCUCUGAUGUGACAUUAUGUGAAUGUUUUCUAACAGUCAGUUCAUUUAAUAAAUUAAAAUUUCAAACACUCUA